ACCUCUAUACCUCUGUGUGUGUGUAUAUAUAUAUAUAUCUACCUCUUCCCUUCCCUAACAACUAACCCAUUUAUACCCUUUUCAAUUAGUACCCAUUUGCCCAAAUUGCUUUUCUUUGCGUCUGAAAUUCGAUUCACUAUGGAAGAAGCAAAUGUUGUUGAAGCUAAGGACGGAACCAUCUCAGUAGCCUCUGCAUUUGCUGGUCACCAAGAAGCUGUUCGGGACAGAGACCACAAGUUCUUGACACAAGCGGUCGAAGAAGCUUACAAAGGUGUUGAAUGUGGAGAUGGAGGCCCAUUUGGCGCAGUUGUUGUUUGCAAUGAUGAAGUAAUUGUUAGCUGCCACAACAUGGUUUUGAAGCAUACUGACCCUACAGCUCAUGCAGAGGUCACGGCAGUAAGAGAGGCAUGUAAGAAGCUCAAUCGAAUUGAGCUUGCAGAUUGUGAGAUAUAUGCUUCUUGUGAGCCUUGUCCGAUGUGCUUUGGUGCUAUCCAUCUAUCACGCAUCAAGAGGUUGGUAUAUGGAGCCAAAGCUGAAGCUGCAAUUGCUAUUGGGUUCGAUGAUUUCAUUGCAGACGCUCUCAGGGGUACUGGAUUUUAUCAGAAAGCUCAGUUAGAGAUCCAGCAGGCUGAUGGUAAGGGAGCCCUUAUAGCCGAGCAAGUAUUUGAGAAGACCAAGGAGAAGUUCUCCCUCUAUUGAGAGAAGACGAAAAACUACAGCUAUCUGAUUUCAUUACUGAUCCUGAUGUUGAUAAACUAAUUAAUGCUUUUCUCUGAAUAAUACGUAAUAUUUCUAAGACCCAUUUUCUGAAAUUGUAUCUAACUGUUGAACUUAACAUGGGGAUAUCAGUCAAAUAUAUGACCGCAUGAUUCUUCUUUGAUUGUCACCAAACAGGAGUUUUAG